GGCACAUUUAUACAAAGGAAGAAGGAAGAAGAACGCUAUACUUACUUUACUUCUUCAAAAGAAAGUCAAAUCCAUUGAAUAUUCUGAGAUCAAGAACCGCAAAGAGAUAAGAGAAAAUGGACGCCAUUGAUUCAGUCUUCGAUCCCCUCAGAGAGUUCGCCAAGGACAGCGUCAGGCUCGUAAAACGUUGCCACAAGCCAGAUCGCAAAGAAUUCUCAAAGGUUGCUGUUCGUACUGCCAUCGGGUUCGUCGUGAUGGGAUUCGUUGGCUUCUUCGUUAAGCUCAUCUUUAUUCCAAUUAACAACAUCAUCGUUGGAUCUGGUUAGGCUUCUAAAUAGCUCUCUUGGUUAUCUUCGCAGGAUGAUGGGAACGAGAGUUUCAAGUUAUGGGGUGAACGAAAGCAUAAAGCGUUCUCAACUUCUCACUUAGUUCUUCUAUGUUUGGUCUUUUUUGUUUUGUUUUUUUUUUUCUUCAGUCAUCUCUGGGAGCAUUACAGUGAGAUUUAGAAUGUAAAAUUUUUAGACCUUGACACAUUGCUUUGAUUUAGGAUUAAGGACGCAAAAAUUUGAGGAAUUGCAGUUUUGUUUUUAGUCUUUGUUUCCCUUCUUGAAUUUGGGGAAGGGGUCUGGGAUUUGGGGAAGGGGUCUUGAAUCGCAAAAAUUUGUUUCCCUUCGACAUUCAUAUAUCAAGAAACUUUGUUUAUGCUA